AUGGCCAGCUCGCUGGUGACCGCGGUCUUCACGCUGCUCUUCGACGUGGCGGUGCUGGUCGUCGGGCUCCUCGUGUGGUGGGCGCUCAGGGGCCAGGGGAGCUUUGACGACAAGCCCAGGCCGCUGGAGAGCAUCACGGAGAAGGCCUACAUCCUCUUCCUGCGGACCUGCCGGGACAUGUGCCUGACCCUGACCGCGGUCUCCGCGGCCAUGCUGGUGCCGUACUUCAGGCUGUCCGACUUCCAGGUGGAGCUCAAUCUGCCGAUCACGGGCAACUUCUCCGCCGCCAGGCUCCCGGAGCACUCCUCCGACAUCUGCGCGCAGCCCUCCCUCCAUGCAACGGGCAGGGUCAACCACCACGACGGCGGCGCUGGGUGCAGUCUACUGUGCGAGGAGCUGGACCUCCCGAUGCGCGACAUCUUCCAGUGCGCGAUGAUGUGCAUCAUGACCGUCGUCAACGGCGGGGUGGCCCUGGCGUUCCUGCAGCGCUUCCAGCGGCAGGUGCAGAUGUUCGACUACCUCGACGCGGAGGGCACCAGCCCCGGGCCGAACGGCCACCGCGACAGGGACGACAUGGACCGCAUCGGGCGCACCCUGUGGUUCACCGAGCUGCCCACGGCGGACAGGCAGACCGGGCGGGCCUGGCUGCUGGACGAGGAGGGCUUCCAGCGGGUGGAGGCCGACAUCGCGAGGGAGCUGGAGACCCACCUGCACGGCGCCCCGGCCCCGACGCCGAGGUUCAGCCCCAUAGAGGAGAUCCCUCUCGCUUCGCGACGUCGGCCGCAUGCUGGAGGUCGCGCCGGAGCUCCGCAUCGCGAUGGAGCGGGGCGACAGGUGUCGGGCUAUGCUAAGGAGCUGGCGAAGGAGCAGGAGAGCGCCGUGCGGAGGGAAGCCCCUCUGACGGACGGGAAGGGGGGAGGACGCAGUGGCGGUCCUGCCUGUCCAAGCGCUGGUACGAGCGCCGCAGCUCGACCUACAGGGACAGGUCGCGUGCGCUGCACGAGGAGCUGCAGGAGUUGGUGGAAGCAAAGAAGCAGAUGUGCGGUUCCGCGUUCGUCACGUUCAAGAACGUUUCGAGCGCGAGGCACUUCUACAGCAGGAGAAGCCCGACUGCUGCGGUCGGCGCAGGGAUCUCUUCUUCAGCUUCGGCCACCCUCCCUUCGCCUCGGUGACGCUCCGGUGCAUGCGCGCUCCUCACCCCUCGGACCUGAUCUGGAUUCGUCCGCUUCAGCUGGCGCCUACAGUCAGCAGCAACGCAGUCGUGGCGAGGCCCGAGGCCGUCCUCCCCCGACUGGCGUUUCGGCCACGUUCGUAGGACAGCCAGGCGACGAACAUGAUCAUUGCCAGCACGCUUGGUUAAGCGAGUCGUGUAUAUCGUCGGGGUCCGGUCCCAUCUCCUGA